AUGCCCUCCUUCACUUACCUUCUCACCCUCCUCGCCGCCACUGCCGCGGUUGCCAGCCCGGCCCCCGUUCCCAAUGAUGACUACACCCUCCAAGCCCGCGCCGGCCAGUCCUACGCGGGCGACAAAAACGACGGCGUGGAAUACGGCGUGAUCGGUCAGGACAGGGCCAUCGGCUACUUCCGCGAGGCCAGAACCUCCACGGGCACCGGCAGCGGCUAUCCCAAGCCUUUCGACAACAAGGGCAACGUCAUGAAGUUCCCCUCGGGCUGCGGGUCCAACGUCUGGGAGCUCCCCGUCCUCAAUAAGGGCAAGCGGUACGACUACAAUGCCAAGAAGGACGGCAACUCGCCUGGCCCCAUGCGCGUCUACUACACCAAAGACCUCAAGUUCUGCGCCAUCGGCGCCAAGUUGAACCCGAACGGUUCCGGAAACCCCCACAACUGCGUCCUGAAGAAGUAA